CGUUACACAAACGCCGCGUGCGAGAUGGAUAAGUGAUUGCUAUAAUGUGGGCCAUCGUCACCCGACUGACGCUGAAAAGUAAAACCAGAUCUGUCUUCUCCCCGGUGGUGCCUGGCGCGGUAGACGAAUUUGAAACUGCAUGGGAGCAGCUUAUUGAGACUGCAUGUGUGCGUACGAGUUCAGAGAUGUCUGCAGCUCAGUCGAUCGGGUACUCUGCUGGGCAGGUGUCUUCAAGUUCUGCUUCAUUCGGCAUUCGACUCGUUGACCAGCGAGAGCAGCCAACAAGCAGUGAUCCACAGCAUGAAGUUUUCUCCCGCAGAUCCUCUUUGAUCGCGGCUUCAGUUCAUGGCAGGGCUGAUGGCGUGUCAAUGGCGGAUGGAGAUCUGAAAGAAGAACCUGAAGUCCAUAUCUCGUCUUUCAGCUGUGGAGGAGGUGGCUACAUAUGAUACAGAAGACCAUAUUUUUGCUGACGGUGAUGACUCCACAAACGUGAGCAGCUGUUGAAAGUCAACUACCAAAGUCGCUCGUGGAUCCACCACCGACGACGAUGAUGGCGCCACACCAGCUAAGCGGGCACGCCUUGAUGAAUGAAAAAUCUGCGGGAUGUGGUAACAGCUGAUAAGAUGGAGGUACGACUCCAUAAGUAGAAAGCCCUGACAAGAUUAGCCCACUAUUAGGUUUGCCUGAAAUAAUAAAUGUAGUUGUCGUUUCCCCCUUUACCGCUUUAGUACAGAAGUGCAAGCGCAGGAAAUUGUAUUGUGUUAGGUUUGUAUGGAGAACUGAAUGUAGGUCCCACCACGCCUAGCUGGAUUGUAUGGUUUCUGCUUAAUGUAGUUCACCGUUCGUGAAAA